CACGGUGAUCGUUUCGUGUGAACAUUGCCAGCGCACAGAACGUUUUCUCUCGGUCAGGGACAGGAAGGAUGAUGCCUGUCAGCAUGCACCAGGCCGUGCUGCUUUGCGCAGCACUGACAGCUGUGGCGUCGUAUGAAGAGAAGGACAUCAAGUGCACUGUGAAGGAAAAUAUUGUUCCAAGCAUCAAUAUAUGCAAUGGAGUUGACGACUGCUACAGGAGGGACCGCUACAGCAGUCGAUAUGGCUACUACAUGGAAUCUGACGACGAAGACAGAGAAUUGUGUGCACGAGAACAUCUUCUUCACGAAGUACGGCUCACCAGCCUUGCACAUCCGAACGGCUCGCUACUGCUUUCGUGGGCGUGGACCGCGGCCCCGAGCUCUGUUCUGGCGGGAUACUAUUUACGCGGUACUUCCUCGGACCACACAUUUCAGACAACGCUGUCGCCCUUGCAGAGUGAUUACACAGCUGAUUGCCUCAGAGGAUACACCGAAUACAGCAUUACGCUGCGGCCUUUCUACAACAUUGAGGGCCUAUCGAAACUUGGCAAGGCAACACAGGUUAUCGUGCGAACUCCAGCUACAGCUCCGGGUGCACCGAUGAAUAUUGUGCGACAGUCGCCAUCGCGUAUAAAACACGAUGGUUCACCACUACUGGCCAUAACCAUCCUCGGACCAGUGUCUUGGAAUUCCAGUCCAGUCGGCUUCCGUCUGCGCUGGGAACCAAAUGAACAAAGCAACCAAUCUGCGAGGGAUUUCGAUUUGUCUCCCGAUGCGAUGGGACGCAAGAAGGACUUGAACGUCACCCUGUCUUUGAAGCCUGGACGCGAAUACACACUGUUUGCCAGCGCACGAGGGGUCGGGGACUUCGGGGAAGUCCUUAUAGGGCCCGAGACGUCGGUGACAAUGGGAACUACGCCUCUGGCUCCCGCUAACUUGUCGGCGAAGAGCAUUGACCCAACCAGCGUUAUCAUUUCAUGGCAAGCUGCAAGUCCUGCGCGAAGGUUUUUGAUUUAUCGAUCCUUUGACGCACCACUGCGUACAUGCGCAGUCGAACAUUGCCCCUAUGACGACAAUUUGUACACGGGUGACCGAUACGCUUUUGGCGGCACACGCCUUGAAACGUCGACUGUUGUGCUCGACGGAAGUUCGCAGGAGUCGUCAUCCUACAGUCUGCCCCUGUUCAACCUAUUGUCGUCUGUGAACUACACAGUCGAAGUCAAGGCAUGUGGUGCCGAAUUAUGCAGCAACGAGACAAGCACGACUUUUACCACUCCUCCUUCAGCUAUUCCCACGCCUAUGAUCACAACAAUCCUAUCGAACGACACCAGCUCCCUCUACUUGGAAUGGAACAUCACGUUUCUACGGCACGCGCCAGAGCUGAACCCAGAGUUCGAAGUGACAGUGAAAACAAAUGGCUUCUACAGACUCGUCCACACUGUCGAGAAGGCGAUCAAGAUAGGGAAUCUCAGCUCAGGCGCAGAGUACGAAGUUCAGGUGCUGCUUUCCCUAGAGAGGACGCCCGGAAAACGAGAGUACGGCCGCCCUGCAAGAGCCACCGUAACCACUUGGCCUCUCGUGCCUCUGGCUCCAACGUUGUCAACAAGAGGAUUCCAGUCCACACCAGACAUAGCGGCUGUGUCAUGGAGAUUUCUCAACAGCACCAUUACGCAUGUAGAGGUUGCAACGAACUACAGCAACUGGGUGAAUUGCGAAAACUCGACCGAAUGCGACGAGGUCGUGUUGCACGGCUGGAACUCCUCCUUCAAAGCGGGAUACGUCAGGAUCUCAAAUCUUAGACCACACACGGCAUACUCACUAUCAGUGAGAGGCUGCAACAACCUAGGAUGUGGGGACGCCAACACAGUGGUCAUCACAACCGACAUGUCAGAGCCGAGUGAGCCUACUCGCCUGACAGUGAAUGCAACAGAAGAUGGUUCUUCCGCUCACCUCGAGUGGAAGGCGCCAGACGAGCCAAGGGGUCCGCUGACGGGCUACGUGGUCUCCUGGCAGUGUGACCAGGACCAUCUCAUGGCUGCGACCACUGAUCAAUCCUCUUUUGCCAUCCCUGGUCUUCCUGCCGGCGCCCAGGAGUGCAGCUUCUCAGUGUCCGCUUUCAACGUGGCGACUGACGAGCGGCAACUGCGCGGGAAAUCUGCCACUCUGAUGAUGCCUUGGCCACCCCAGAAUUGAUCGGAUCACCGGGGCUACUAUCGCGUCUUACGUGAGGCACGCUCUGAACCUAGGCUAAAGUGUAGUCAUGACAAUCACGAUUCAAAUAGACAAACGCAAAAAGAAAGAAAUGCAAUGUUGUUGCUUUGUUGUGAUUUAUGCAUUUAUGUUGACGUCACUAAGCUUACUAUUGCUCUAGUACUCGUAUUGUAUUCUUUUUUCCUUUUGCCUUCCAUCCCCCUACGUUUCGCUUAGUUUUCUUCAACAACGUUGCCUUGUAUGAGCAACCAAUGAUCAGGAAACUAUGCACAGUCUUAGCUGAGCCUUCCAGGCAUAAGCUGUCUGCAGAAGUCACACAAGAGCAAAUUAGGAUGAUGAUGAUGAUGAUGAUGAUGAUGACUUAUUGAAGGACAACUUGAGUUUCUAGAAUUGGCUCGUUAAUCUAAGGUAUGACAAGCGUGUUUGACCCACUACUCAACGGUAGCCAAAAUGAAAGCGAAUCAUAGAUAGGGUAUCCUAACACGUGGUUCUCCAAGCUCAGACUCGUGGGCCACAUUUUGCCCGCGGCGGGUUUCCGCGUACAACCCGCCACUUAGCGCCGCCCCUUUUCACGACCGGCAGGCCGCGACUCUUCCUCGCAGCUGAGUCGGUGGCCCUUGGAGUUGUGCGCAGCCGCGAGCGGCUUUAAGAAUGGCUCGCUAUCGCUCACAUUGGCAAGCUGCGAUGUACGAGCUGCGAUGUACGCGCUAAUUACGCGACAAAAGAGGGAACCUGUUAACAAACGGAGAAAGAGCGAAGCAGUGAAUUUUUAAAGCGGUCGCGUGAUUAUUUCCAACACAAUAUGCUAAAGAAGUUAGUUUUCCACCAAAUUCUGUGGCGUGUAGGUUAAGACAGAUGCCACUUCCACAGUGUCUUCUCCCCGCCCACUGAACCCCGUUUCCAAACUUCACCGUCCUGCUGUUCCUACGUUAACAUUUCUCAUCAACGUGUACUUAACAUGCUCCUCCGAUUACAAGUAAAAUCAUCUGUUGGUCCAGAUUGCAUUCUCAACACAUUCCUUCGGCGUCAUACGGAACCUUUAAGUAAAUUUCUUGUAGCAAUUUUUCAAGCCUCUGCAUUCCGCGGUACUUCCGUACAAUUGGAAAGUAGCACGUGUUGUUCCUAUAUGAAAAAAAGGUGACCCACGUUUAGUCUUGAAUUAUCGUCAGACUUCUAUAUUAUCAUAUUGUCAAAUAAUUGAGCACAUUGUUGCUGACUACAUUAAUGAUCUCUUAAACGAGCGUAACAUUUUAUCUUCUUUCCCACAUGGCUUCAGGAAGGGGCUCUGGACAGUCACCCAAUUAAGCCCAGUCAUUCACUCGUUUGCUUCGGUCUUUAACAAGGCUGGCCAAGCAGAUGUGAUAUUUUUGGAUUUUCAAAAAGCUUUUGAUGUAGUUCCUCAUGACAAAUAAUUUGUAAAUUAGAAUUCCUUGGUCUUCCUGGCUUUAUCCUCUACUGGCUUUCUGCUUACUUAACGCGUCGAAAACAGUACGUAGUGAUUGAUGGGCAGCAAUCCGAUUCUCUUUCAGUAACCUCUGGCAUGCCUCAAGGCAGCGUGCUUGGCCCACUACUAUUUUUUAUUUAUUCUAAUGAGAUUUUGAUGUAAUAGAGGUCCUUGUCAAUAUUCGUCUGUUCACAGACGACUAUCAUAUUUAACGAUAUUAAUACAGGUAAUGAGCAACUAUCUCUUCAUUUAGCUUUAAACAACAUUCUUGAGUGGCGAACAAGUGGGGAAUAAAACUUAACUCCGAUAAAUCUGUGCUUCUACGUAUAACAAGCAAAAAAACUACCCCUGAAGUUUUCUUGUUCUAUUGGCCAAGACCGCUUGGCCGAAGUAAACGAGUACAAGUAUCUUGGAAUUAUAAUUACUAACAACCUAAACUGGAAUAGCCACAUUGCUGCUACCGCCUGUCCUGCUUUUAGAAAGCUGUGUCUACUUCACCAUAAGCUAAACACGCAUACCAUAAAGUAAAAUUAUUAGCCUAUACCACUUUUAUUCGACGCAAAUUGGAAUAUUCGUGCGUUAUUUGGGAGCUGUUUACCAAAAUCAACAUUAACGCCCUUGAAAGGAUACAAAGAAGAGCCAUUCGUUUUAUUUUUGCGAAAUACGGCCGAGAAGAGUCUAUAACUGAAUUACUGCGGACAAAUGGUUUGCAUACCCUUCAAACGAUCAGAAAAAUAAUACGCCUCAAGUUCCUUUACUCCUUCAUAAACCGUCAAUUUUCUUUAGAUCCUAGUCCAUAAAUAAUUCUUUCUGCAUCCAGGAAAACCCGUCAUUCCCACCCCCUCGCUCGGUCCCCUUACGUUGCCAGGACAAACCUAUUUAAAUGUUCUUUCUUUCUUCGACCUAUAGAAGAAUGGAACCUCAUCUCUCUCCAUCAUCUGAACCUCCCUUAAUAAAUUCGAACUCAUGUUAUUAGUAUUCCCUCAGUAACAUUGCUGUUUUGUGCUGUUUUGUGUUUCCUUUCCUAUGUUUUAUAUUUUGCAAUUCUGCCUCUUGUACGCGUAUUUUUUGUGUUACCUUGCUUUCCUGCUUGGCCCACACGGCCUGCAGUAUGAUGUAAAUAAAGAAAUAAAAUAAUCUCACCUGUUGGUUGACAGAGAAAAUGAAAUAUCUUACCCACUAUGUACUCCCUGUCAAUAGAUUACCCACCUGUGCGUGUUUAUGGUUGACGGCUAAUUUAAUCUAGCUCGAGGAGUGGCUUCUGCGCAUGGCAUCUAUGGAACCUUGACUGCAAGGCAUCUUCAAUGAGCUACAAAAAUCUCCUCGAAUAUUGGAAACCUGCAGUGGAAGAAACUGAAAUAUAUGACAGUCGACAGUCGUAUGUUAGCUGAAGACCUCAGGGCUGCUUCAGUUGUGAACGUGGCUACGCAAUGAGUGAGAAAAACGAGGGUGUCCUUAAGUAACUUCUCCUAAGUUCGCGUGUUCCGUUACACUGGUGGUUAAAGUGAAGUUCCGCAUACACUGCCGCUCUCGCGAGGGUCGCUGGCUGACACUUUCAGAACAACGCGUUCUAAAGCAAAAACAAAAAUUAUAUACAUAGUGAAAGGGUGAAAGCCGCUGUCCUAGUUCAAUUGGUAGAGCAUCACACGCGUAAUGCGCAAGGCUAGGACAAGUUGCCUUUUCGUCUACAUCGCCCUUCCUUCUUCCUUAUUAUUUCUGCGCUUAAUUAAAAAAAAACACUUCAUUGUCUGUUUGCUUCAGUUGGUUGAGCUAACAACAAGAGGGAGUAUAAUUGUCGAGAAUUCAAGUACCCGCGAUGUUAGCGCGUUUUUUUUCCAGCUUCAUUUGCAACAUGUUGUUCGCAUCAAGGGACCUUCUUGCCUACAAAUACUGGAAACCAGGAUUUGGCCACACAUCUGCAGAGGCCUGAAAUCUAGUAAUUGAAAAAUUUCAGUAAUUUACUCGUACUUAUGUUUCUCUUUUCAGUACGACAUACAUGUCUGAAUAACUAGUUUCCAAAAUAAGUGCAACAACUUUCAAUACAGAGCUAACAACCUGUGAUGAAUAUUUCCAAUUGCUUUUAAAAUAAGGGGUAUUUUCAAGCUUGCAGCGAGAGUUCAACGAUCUAGUAAAAUUGAAACAUCAGCUUUACAGUUGUAAUUAGCGCGGCUGUUCUUUUCCACCAGUAAAUGAAUGCAUAUAAUUGCAGCUAGAUUAUAAUGAUAUACGUGUUUUCAAUUGCCCUGCUCAAUUUUCUGCUUAUCUUCGUGUUCCAGGACUGAAUUUAUAAGUAUAUACUGUAUGCUUUCGUGAACAUGAGCACAUGUCUUCUACUUGUAGCUACCUUUGUUAUUACAUAUUAUUGUGUGUGUCUUCUGAAAACUCUAUAUUAGUGACUUACUCCUCAUCAGUCUCUGGACCCUGUAAACUUUGUAACGUUGCCUUUAGAACAAAAAGUUUUGGAGACAUCUUUUGUAGACUAAACUAAUUUUUUUAAACCAUUGUAAACGGAGUCAAAUUUGUUCUGGAGGUGCUCAACCAUGAUUAUCUCCAUUCUGGAAUUAACCUGAUAUACUUGUUCGUAAUAGCAUGCGUUGCACAGCUCCAGCCUUACAUAAAACAUUCGCAAAAGGGCUGUUACAUUGGCGAACUUAUGCGUGGUGCCAGAGGAGCAAUUACGGACAUAUAACCGAGUUUCUUGCGCAUCGUUCGCUACUUGUUUUUCUUCCUAUCUUAUAGUUCAGCUUGCGCGUUUUCUUCUGUUCACCCCUUCCGCAUCGCCGUGCAUUCUUGGUGAUUCUAAACUCACAAGCAAUUUAUGGCUUUUUGUCGAACAUCGGAACAUGUUCAAGUAUUCGACGUCUUCCCGCGCGCAUUGCUUCUGUAGUAAACUGUGAUCAUUUCAAGAAAUAUUUAGUUAAUAUAGAAUAACGCAGACACUAAUACUGUAUACCACUUUAACUGCUUGGUUUUAUUUGUUAUCUUGUGAAUUAGCUGUCUGUGCACGCUGUUAAACUAACAUUGUAUACUAUACGUUGCCUUUGUUUGGUUCUUAGGUUAUUAUAGGUUAUAGAUUAUUACUCCUUUGUUUGUUUCUUUUUGUGUGCCGAUUUACCACAUCCCUCUUUAAUGCCUCUUGCCCUGAGGGCAUACUAAAUAAAUGGUGUGAUGUCACCGUCAACCCCCAUUUUAAUCACUGUUCCCUUUUGCCUUGUCACAGUCGGAUUACCCAUAGGAGCACAGUCAACCGCGUUCAGCCGCUUUUAUUGCUUGCAUUCGGAAACAGUUCUUUUUUUUCUGGUGUGCUUUUUUCCGCUUCUCCACGUCGGUGGUCUUUUUCUUAGUUAUAGGCUCUGGGAACGAUUGAACUAAUAAUUGUUUUCCAAGCCCCUCCAAAUGAUUGAACUAUGUCGUUUUUUCUUAUUGCGUGUUGGUUCGAAAAGCGAAAAUAAUGGGCGCGAAGGACGAAGCAAACGAAUAGUAAUAAAAGUUUGCAAA